AUGGCAAGGUUAACGACUGUGUUGAUAUCUCUAAGGGGAAAAAUACAAACCUCCAGGUGUGACAUCAGACUCAGGAGUCGCCCCUCCCAAGCAGGGAGGGCAAAGUUUCCUGCUGCGAGGAAAAGUGGAUCUCUGUGGAUGGUCCAUUGGUGUCUACGCUGGUAA